AUGAUUUUAACUUUAUUCUUAAUUGAAAUCUAUCUUUUUAUUGUUGUGACAAGUGAAUCAGUUAAUUUGGUCUAUCAUAAUACUAACAAUGUAGGUAGAAAACCAUACAAAAAAGUUGAUUUAUUAUCAUCUCCAAUUUACCACACUUCAAUUACUAAAACUAAUAAGAAUUAUAAUUACAUUACAAAUCAACAACAACAACAAAAAUAUGCAAAUGUCAAAACAAAACAAAGUUUUAGAUACUAUUCUAUUGCAACUCAACCUAUAUCAAAAACAUCUACAUUAAAAACAUUACCAAACGUAAACUAUAAACCCAUAAAAAUUGUACCUACUCAAUAUUUAAAAAAUACAAAUGUUGGUCCAACAAUAGCUUACAAAUAUCAUGUAAAUAAAAAUAAUUUAAGACCUUAUCAAUACUAUUAUUAUCCAAGAGUUCAAUAUAAUACAAAAUAUAACUAUCCAUUAACAAAAACACAAUACUAUUAUCCUUCAACCCAAACACAAUAUAAUUAUCCUUCAACUCAAACACAAUAUAAUUAUCCUCCUUCUCAGUCACAAUAUAAUUAUCCUUCAACUCAGACACAAUAUAACUAUCCUUCAACUCAGACACAAAAUAAUUAUCCUCCAAGUCGACCAUCAUUGUUACCAUCAUUGGAUUAUGAAUAUACCUAUCCACAUAAAGGACAUGGUUUCUUUGGAAAUGAAUUAGCACAAUUUUGGAUUGUCUGCCAUGAUUGCCCUAGAGGAUAA